AUGGACGACAUCAAUAUGACCUUGACGACUGAAACAGAGAUCUCGCUCAGUCAUGAAGGGCCGGCGACAGUGGAGCCCACGGAGCCAGCAGCGGGGUUUGUUAGUGCUUUUGUCACGGAUGCCCUCAAGUUUCCAAAACGAAUGAGCGCUGACUCGAUAGAUGCAAUGCGUGGGGCAAGCGAAUACGGUAUGGAAGGCUCCGGGAAAGAUGGCAAUAGGCAAAUGUCCAAGAGACGAAGAGGGCCCGAAUUCCGCUGUCCAUAUUUCGCCGCGAAUCCGGAGACGUGCCAGGAUGCGAAAUGUCAAUCAUGGCACAAUCCCUGCAUUGCCGCCGUCACUCGUCACGCUCUGAGGGACUCCAACAAGAACGACGCAACUGGCAGCCAAUCUAGAGCAAUCAAGAGCCUCUCGCACAGAAAGUUGUCAGCGGAGGACCGCUGGAAGCAUUAUUACGAGAUACAUGGAGGAGUCGACGCCUAUGAACAGAGACAGCCUUACUGGCAACAGCCUGUGAAGGGUGAUAGACCGAAUCUUCAGACUGGUCAACCCGCGCCCAGUGCCGGAUUCUCAUUCCUGUCAAGGAAGGCUGAGCAUGUUACCGUGCCUCUACAUCCCAGAAACCCCCCAUUGCCCGACUUUGAUCGCGAGGAAUGCAACAGCAUUGACAUCCAGAGCAUGGACGACCUCUCACAAACGUUGCUCGAACUAAUAGCAAGGAAAGAAGCUCGGGAUGAAGCCAUCGACACGGAGAUUAAGGAGAGAGAGGCGAAGAAGAUCGCAGAACUUCGCAGCGAAAUCGCGCAGGAAAAGCUCGCCGAAAAGUCCAAGAAUCAAAGCGACUUUGUGGCUGGGCUCAAGAAGAUCAUCAUGCACUCACAUUCAAUGAAUCUGCCGCUCUCUGUCCCUGCUGGCUCAAGCUAUGAGCAACCCGACAAGGCGCAGCCUGAGGAGGGCAUAAGACGGCCCGAAGCAACGGGAUCCAGAAGGAGCAAUAGCCCCCGUGAGCCAUGA